CGUUUGUGUGUGUGUCUAUUUGCAGUUGGGAGUUUUCGGAACCUGUUAAUAGCAAACGAGGGGCAGAGAAGCCACAGGCUACAUCACCGCCUUUAGCACACUGUGCCCGGCACGUAACUGCGAAGCAACAGCGGCAUUCGGUUCCAGCCCUGCAUCAACAGGAAAAGACCUAAUCCGGCCUUUUCUCGCCAUGAACCGGACUGCCCAGCUGGCAGAAACAAGAGCAGCGGGCGUAAAUUACGCACCCAGAAGCAGACCAUCCAUGUCAAAGAUCAGGUGUCACUGAAGCAAUUCCUCCUUAAAACAGAAGAAUGAUGAUCCUUCUCAGUUUGAUGCUUUAUCUGUGGCCAACCAGCAGUGCUUUAGAAGAAAGACUUUCAAAGCCCAACAUCAUCUUGUUCAUGGUUGAUGACCUUGGCAUUGGAGACUUGGGAUGCUAUGGAAAUACAACUCUAAGGUUUUCUAUCAUUCUUGAACUCCCAAUAUUGACAAUUUAGCUAAAGGAGGUGUAAAACUGACUCAACAUAUAGCAGCUUCCCCAUUAUGCACACCAAGCAGGGCAGCUUUCUUGACGGGCCGAUACCCUGUCAGAUCAGGAAUGGCUAGUCUGAAUCGAGUUGGAGUCUUCUUAUUUGCAGCCUCUUCAGGAGGACUGCCUGCUGAAGAAAUAACAUUUGCAAAGCUUCUUCAGCAGGAAGGUUAUUCUACAGGUCUUAUAGGCAAAUGGCAUCUUGGUAUAAAUUGUAACAGCAGUCAUGAUUUCUGCCACCAUCCCUUAAAUCACGGAUUUGAUCAUUUCUAUGGAAUUCCUGUGAACAAUAUUAGAGACUGCAGACCGGGGCAUGGAAGUGUCUUUAUCAAAGGAAUUAAAAUGUAUAUUCCCUCAGUCCUUCAGAUCACGGGAAUAGCUCUAAUAACUUUGGAAGUUAUGCAGUAUAUUGGCCUUCUCAGAAUUCCACACAGAGUGGUAGGCUACUUUUUUGUAUUCGUUGUUGCAUUAGUGGCAAUCGUGCUCUUCUUCUUUAACAACUUUCGGCAUCUAAACUGCUUCUUGAUGAGGAAUUACAGUAUUAUCCAGCAACCAUGGACUUAUGAAAACCUAACUCAGAAAUUUACAGAAGAUGCCAAAUAUUUUAUAAGAAGCAAUAUUGAUAAACCAUUUCUUCUGUUCCUGUCAUACCCUCAAGUCCAUACAGCCCUUUAUGCAUCACCAGCUUUUAGAGGAAAGAGCAAACAUGGCUUAUAUGGGGAUGCUGUGGAAGAAAUGGACAGGAGUGUAGGACAGAUUCUUCAUGUAUUAGAUCAAUGGAACUUAAGUAGGCGGACUCUUGUAUACUUCACGUCAGAUCAAGGAGCACAUGUCGAAGAAAUAUCAGACAAUGGAGAAGUUCAUGGUGGUUAUAAUGGAAUAUUUAAGGGUGGAAAGUCUACAAAUUGGGAAGGAGGGAUUCGAGUGCCUGGCCUUCUCUACUGGCCUGGUCUUCUCGAACCUGGAAAACAUAUUGAUGAGCCAACAAGUAAUAUGGAUAUAUUCCCCACCAUAAUUAAACUUGCUGGAGCAUCACUGCCCAAUGACCAAAUUAUUGAUGGACAUGAUCUAAUGCCCUUGCUCCAAGGCAGUGCACUCCAAUCUGAGCAUGAAUUUCUCUUCCAUUACUGUAAUGCAUAUUUAAAUGCAGUUCGGUGGCAUCCAAGAAACAGUAACUCUGUUUGGAAGGUAUUUUACUUCACUCCAAAUUUCAGUCCCAAAGAAUCUAAUGGCUGCUACGAUUAUCAUGUGUGCUUUUGUCAUGGACAGUUUGUCACAUACCAUGAUCCACCACUACUUUUUGAUCUCUCCAAGGACCCAGAAGAAAACAAUCCACUGACACCAGAAACUGAGAGCCACUUCCAUGAAAUCCUUCAAGCUGUUCGCCAUGCAGUGGACCACCACACCAAGUCAAUACUUGCUGUUCCCAACCAGUUUUCACUGGGACAUAUCCUGUGGAAGCCCUGGCUUCAGCCUUGCUGUUCUUCCUUACUCCAGCUGUGUAACUGCAACCAUGAGUCAUAAGAAAACAAAACUUUGUCUGAAGCCUGACAUUACCAGUGAGCAAUUCUUCACGUGCUUUAGGAAUAAACAAAAGAGUAGGAAAAUAAUGUCAAUUUUUGAUAAGGGCAUGUGGCAAUUGUAUUUCCUUAAUACUUAUAGCAGUUGUGCUCAGUAACAAUGUAGGGGUUACUAGAAUUGUGUUAGAGGGUUCACUCAUUCUUGCAGCCCCAGGAGAAGGGGAUGAUGGUGAGACUACAGUUUUGCUAACAUCUACAAAAGAUGUAAUUUUUCUGAGUAAAAUAGACAUUUCUGGAAACAGGAGGGCAGUCUUUUUCUUUAAUGCAUUCAGGCUGCCUCCUGUACCCCACAAUGCAUAUGGAUUAUGACAAUGAUAAUGCAUUAUGACAUUUUCCAAUGUAGCAUUGUGGGAGAAUAUGGUGGCUCAUGUAGGCCCAUUAUUAAAACAAAGUAAACAUAUAAA